AUGGCACAUCACACAACUUCCUCGGUCUCCAAGGGCCCCCGGGGCGAUGAGCCCAUAUCAACCAGAGUCAAUGAGCAGAACUAUGACCAGAGCAAAGAAUCAGAUGGGUCUGGACAAUCCAAAACGUUGCCCAAGUUGAAGCGCGGGAUGAAGAGCCGACAUCUUCAGAUGAUCGCAAUCGGUGGAACAAUUGGUACUGGUUUGUUCAUCUCCAGUGGAACAGCCCUCGCACACGCCGGCCCCGUGGGCUCUCUGAUCGCUUACUCCUUCAUUGGCUCGAUUGUCUUCUCGGUCAUGAGUUCUUUGGGAGAGGUGGCCACCUAUAUCCCGGUUGCUGGAGCUUUUACAUCAUAUGCGACACGCUUGGUGGACCCCAGUUUGGGAUUUGCAAUGGGCUGGAUCUAUUGGUUCUCGUGGGCAAUCACCUUUGCUCUCGAAUUGACUGCCACGGGUUUGAUCAUCCAGUUCUGGGAUUCCACCAUCAACAUUGCAAUUUUCAUUGGCGUCUUUUGGGUGGUAAUGACUCUUCUCAAUAUGCUUCCGGUCAAGUUCUACGGAGAACUGGAGUUUUGGCUCUCGUCUGUGAAGAUCAUCACCAUCAUAGGCUUCCUCAUCUUCGCCAUCUGUAUCGACGCCGGUGCCGGCAAACAAGGCUAUCUAGGCUUCCACAACUGGGUUCACCCCGGUCCAUUUGUGGAUUAUCUGGUGACCCCGGGCCCAACCGCUAAGUUUGUUGGCUUCUGGGCCGUACUCAUACAAGCAGGCUUCGCCUGUCAAGGCACCGAGUUGGUUGGUCUCGCCGCAGGUGAGAGUGAGAAUCCUCGUGAGACUGUACCGAAAGCGAUCCGGGCGACCUUUAUGCGAAUCGUGCUCUUCUUCGUCUUCACGGUGUUCUUCAUUGGCCUCGUCGUGCCCUCCGAUAACCCCGAUCUUCUGUCCGGGUCAUCCAACGCGUCAGCAUCUCCAUUUGUGAUUGCUGCCAAAUUGGCAGGAGUGGACGUGCUACCCAGCAUCAUCAACGCGGUUUUGCUGACCGUUGUUCUUUCCGCUGCCAAUUCCAACAUCUACAGUGGCAGCCGUAUGCUCGUUGGUCUCGCCAACGAAGGAUUUGCGCCCCGAUUCCUAGCCAGAACUACCAGCCGCGGUGUUCCUUAUUUUGCCGUCUUGCUGACGGCGGCGUUUGGCCUCCUUGGCUUUAUGAACCUGUCAUCCUCCGGCGGUACGGUCUUCAACUGGCUCCUGAACAUUGCCGCUGUCGCCGGCUUUAUUCUGUGGGCAUCGCUCAAUAUCUGCCACAUCGCGUUUAUGCGGGCUCUGAAGGCUCGCGGAAUGUCGCGCGACCUUUUGCCCUACAAGGCCCCUUGGCAGCCAUACCUUGCCUAUUACGGCCUCUUCUUCAACCUCCUCAUCAUGUUCACCCAGGGGUUCACGUGUUUCAUUCCGAUAUUCAGCGUGCAAGACUUUUUUAUCGCCUAUGUCAGCAUGAUUAUCUUCGCGGUUCUCUACCUCGGUCACAAACUCGUGUUCCGUGAUCCCUUUGUUUCCCCGGCACAAGCCGACCUCGAUACUGGUCGGAUUGAGAUUGAAAAUGAGCACUGGGAGGUCAAACGACCGACUACUUGGUACGGCAAGAUUUGGUACGCGAUCAACGGCUAG